AUUAUAACCCAUCAAGAGGAGAAAUUUGAAAACCAGAGCAAGAUGGUUCUACUUGGUGUUUAUGAGCAAGAGGAAAGUGGAGACCAUGUAUACCUGGCAGAGACGGGAGAAGCCAAGGCACCCAGAACAGCAGACAGAUUCUUCCUCCGGUGGAAACGGAGCUCCUCUUUCCUGGUUUAUGGGCUCCUGGCGCUCGCUUACCUGCUGAUCAUCACCUUGCUGGGGCUUCUGCUCUCCAAUGAAUCAAAGUUUUCCUCAGAAGUGAAAAAGUUACAUAAACAGCUUGAAAUGAGCAAGGAGCUGUUCCCAUGCGGUGCCAGGAGCAGGGAAUGGGAAUACUUUGACGGCUGGUGUUACUACUUCUCCCUCCGGAAGGCUACUUGGCACAUAGCUGAAUCUCAAUGUGCACAACGUAAUUCAAGUCUGGUGGUUAUUCAUGAUGAGGCCAAGCAGAAUUUCCUCAAGUCUCAAACCAGGAAUGAACGCUAUUGGAUUGGACUCAAUGACAUCGAUGAAGAAGGGGAAUGGAGGUGGAUUGAUGGCACCAAUUACUUAAACAGCUACAAGAAUUGGAGACCGGGUCAGCCCAGUGACUAUCAGAACAAGGAAGACUGUGCUGAGAUCCAUCUUUCUGGGGAAUGGAAUGAUGAGAGCUGUUCCACUGCAAACUUCUACAUAUGUGAGAAACCUUUGCCUUCCUGAAGAACCACCAUGGAAAAACCCACCAAGUAGCAAGAACGGGAUUGCAAAGGCAUGUUCUUUCUGCAGUGGCUGCCUGCUUCACACCACCUGCU